AUGGGAAAACGCAAGCAAGAUCUCGGUGAUGUCCCUAUGGGCGGCACCAAAAACGCCGACGACGAGUCCGAUGAUGACGUUGACAUGAUCAAUGUCGACUUCGAAUGGUUCGAUCCUCAACCCGCCGUCGACUUUCACGGUCUUAAAAACCUAAUCCGUCAGCUCUUCGACAAUGACGCCCAGAUCUUUGAUUUGUCCGCCCUAUCCGACUUGAUCUUGUCGCAGCCGCUGCUCGGAUCUACCGUGAAGACUGACGGCAAUGAGUCGGAUCCUUAUGCUUUCUUGUCUGUUUUGAAUCUGCAGGAACACAAGGACAAACCCGUCGUCCAAGACCUGAUCAAGUACAUCAAAACCAAGGCCGCUUCCAACCCCUCCCUUUCCCCUCUCAGCGAGCUCGUUUCCCAGACCCCAGUCCCACCUAUUGGCUUGGUUCUCACUGAGCGAGUAAUCAACAUGCCGGCGCAGGUCAUUCCGCCCAUGUACAAUAUGUUGCUGGAGGAGAUCGCCUGGGCCAUCCAGGACAAGGAGCCAUACAACUUCUCGCACUACCUGAUUAUCUCCAAGGGAUACGAGGAGAUUGAGUCAAAAUUAGAUCUUGAGGAGUCCCGACCACAGAAGAAGUCCAAGAAGGGCGGCGAUGGAGCCCAGCGCUUCCUUUUCCACCCCGAGGAUGAAGUGUUGCAGCGCCAUGCUAUGUGCUCCGGAACAUAUGAGUUUACCCACAAGCAGGAUGACGGCCACUCAGACUCUAAACGCGCUUUCCAGGAACUUGGUAUUAUCACCAAUGGUAGCAUGAUUCUGCUCGAAUCGGCGCAAUUCGAAGCUACAGUUAAGGCCGUAGGCGAGUACCUACAGUAA